AUGUCUAGUGGUGACACAAACAUGAUGCAAGAUUCAGAUUCAAAUUCGCAUCAACAACCCCAUAUUUUGCCUGGAAACAUAAGACAAAUAUUCCAACAUGCCAUCAAUGAUGUUUUUGCAGUAAGAGCAGCCAUUCGAAGCACAAACCAAGAUGGUAAUAGCAAUACUACUGCGAGGCGGUUGCCAGCAUCGAGGGACGCAAUUGAUGCCAUGCCAAGAAUAACAGUACAAGAAGGUGGGAAUGAUUGUGCAAUUUGUUUAAAUGAGAUUGGAAUCGGUUCUGAACUUAGAGAGAUGCCUUGUAAACAUGGGUUUCAUUCGGGUUGUAUUGAACAGUGGUUGAGGAUUCAUGGGUCUUGCCCUGUUUGUCGGUUUACGAUGAUGCCUGUGGAAGGAGCAGAGGGAGGAGAUGAUAACAUACAGUUUAGGAGUGAUCCAGAUUGGGAUCUGUUGAUGACAGAUAAUGCCACUUAUGUACCAGUGGCAUCAGCUCACUCCGAGAGGGGUGAAUCUGCAAGCUGUCAGAAAGAUUCUGGUUCCCAACAAGCAGAGAUAGAAAAAGCUGUUGCAACAAAAAUGGUUGAAGCGUCAAGCUCAACUCCUAAACCAGAAAGGGUAGUCCUUUUAGUGCAUUGGGUUAAAGGGAUGAGAGAGAUAGGUUGUGUGACCUUCUUAGGAGAGGAGGAUGUUGAGGUAGCGAGGCAUUGGUUAAGAAAGGUGGAAAAGGUGAUGACUCAGAUGCCAAUGCCAAAGGAGUCUUGA